GGUUAAAUGCUCUGGGGGAUAUUUUUAAAACAGCCGGGGCUGGUUAAUCUAAAAGUGACAUUUACAGUCACAGUCCUGUGAGCUGCCUGCCAGCCGCUUAGAUCCCGGCCUCGGCCAACAAGGAGCUCGGAAAAAUGUCAACCCUGGAUACACAGCUGGGAAGCCAUGGGAAAAGCAAGGCCGAAGUGUGAACGCAGCAGUCUGAAUGGUCUUGCUUCUCUUUCUGACUUGCCUGGUUUUCUCCUGCCUGACCUUUUCCUGGUUAAAAAUCUGGAGGAAGAUGACAGACUCGAAGCCACUCACCAACAGUAAGAUGGAAGCGAGCCUCCUUUCAAGUGAGGGGUCCCUUUCAGCCUCAGAGCCAUCAGAGGAGCAGCUACAGGACCAUGGCGUCUGCAGCUGUCUGUCGUCAGCUCCUGACCGGGAGGAGCCGGCCUCCCACAGAGGUCCCAGAGAUGCCAGUCAGCAGAACUCCACGCCAAGCUCGUACCAGAAGCCUCCGAGGAACCCACUGUCUUCCAAUGACGCCUGGCCCUCCCCAGAACUCCAAACCAACUGGAUAGCAACCCCCGGCUCAGAGGUUCCAGAUGCCAAUGGAUUGUCCUUCCCAACCAGGCCUCCGAGCCAGAGAACCGUAUCCCCCUCCAGAGAGGACAAGAAGCAGGCACACAUCAAGAGGCAGCUGAUGACCAGCUUUAUCCUGGGCUCCCUGGAUGACAACUCCUCUGACGAGGACCCUGGCGCUGGCUCCUUCCAGAACUCCUCCCGGAAGGGCAGCAGGGCUAGCCUGGGCACCCUGUCCCUGGAGGCUGCUUUGAACACAACUGAUCCUGAGUCUCACACACCUACUAUGAGGCCCAGCAUGUCUGGACUGCAUCUGGUAAAGAGAGGCCGUGAACACAAGAAACUGGACCUGCACAGAGAUUUCACUGUAGCUUCCCCAGCCGAGUUUGUCACCCGCUUUGGAGGCAACAGGGUCAUCGAGAAGGUGCUCAUCGCCAACAAUGGCAUCGCUGCGGUCAAGUGCAUGCGCUCCAUACGCCGCUGGGCCUAUGAGAUGUUCCGAAACGAACGCGCCAUCCGGUUCGUGGUCAUGGUGACGCCCGAGGAUCUCAAGGCUAACGCAGAAUACAUCAAGAUGGCGGAUCAGUAUGUUCCUGUCCCAGGAGGGCCCAAUAACAACAACUACGCCAAUGUCGAGCUCAUCAUAGACAUUGCCAAGAGAAUCCCCGUGCAGGCCGUGUGGGCUGGCUGGGGCCACGCUUCGGAAAACCCCAAACUUCCAGAGCUGCUGUGCAAGCACGGGAUUGCUUUCCUAGGUCCACCGAGUGAGGCCAUGUGGGCCCUGGGAGACAAGAUUGCUUCCACCAUCGUAGCCCAGACCCUGCAGAUCCCAACACUACCCUGGAGUGGGAGCGGUCUCACAGUGGAGUGGACAGAGGACAGCCAGCAUCAGGGCAAAUGCAUCAGCGUCCCGGAAGAUGUUUAUGAGCAGGGCUGUGUGAAAGAUGUGGAUGAAGGCCUGCAGGCAGCAGAAAAAGUAGGAUUUCCUUUGAUGAUCAAAGCCUCCGAAGGCGGAGGAGGGAAAGGAAUCCGCAAGGCCGAGAGUGCAGAGGACUUCCCGAUGCUUUUCCGACAAGUGCAGAGUGAGAUCCCGGGCUCGCCGAUCUUUCUCAUGAAGCUGGCCCAGAACGCACGGCACCUGGAGGUCCAGGUCUUGGCAGAUCAGUAUGGAAACGCCGUGUCACUGUUCGGACGAGACUGCUCCAUCCAGAGGCGGCACCAGAAGAUCAUCGAGGAGGCUCCGGCCACCAUCGCCGCUCCCGCUGUGUUUGAGUUCAUGGAACAGUGUGCUGUCCUCCUAGCCAAGACCGUGGGUUAUGUGAGCGCGGGGACUGUGGAAUAUCUGUACAGCCAGGAUGGCAGCUUCCACUUCUUGGAGCUGAACCCACGCCUGCAGGUGGAGCACCCGUGCACUGAGAUGAUCGCUGAUGUCAACCUGCCCGCUGCACAGUUGCAGAUCGCCAUGGGUGUGCCCCUGCACCGGCUGAAGGACAUACGGCUUCUGUAUGGAGAGUCCCCCUGGGGAGUGACCCCCAUUCCUUUUGAGACCCCCUUGAGCCCUCCCAUUGCCCGAGGCCACGUCAUCGCAGCCAGGAUCACCAGCGAAAACCCAGACGAGGGCUUUAAGCCAAGCUCGGGGACAGUGCAGGAGCUGAACUUCCGCAGCAACAAGAACGUGUGGGGUUACUUCAGCGUGGCCGCGGCUGGGGGCUUGCACGAGUUCGCCGAUUCCCAGUUUGGGCACUGCUUCUCCUGGGGCGAGAACCGCGAAGAGGCCAUUUCGAACAUGGUGGUGGCUCUGAAGGAACUGUCCAUCCGGGGUGACUUCCGGACCACUGUGGAAUAUCUCGUUAACCUUCUGGAGACGGAGAGCUUCCAGAACAACGAUAUCGACACAGGGUGGCUGGACCACCUGAUCGCUCAGCGGGUGCAGGCAGAGAAGCCGGACAUCAUGCUGGGGGUGGUGUGUGGGGCCUUGAACGUGGCAGACGCGAUGUUCAGAACCUGCAUGACGGAAUUCUUGCACUCCCUGGAGAGGGGCCAGGUCCUCCCGGCUGACUCUCUGCUGAACAUUGUGGACGUUGAGUUGAUUUACGGAGGCGUCAAGUAUGUCCUCAAGGUGGCCCGGCAGUCCCUGACGAUGUUCGUCCUCAUCAUGAACGGCUGCCACAUCGAGAUCGAUGCCCACCGGCUGAACGACGGGGGUCUGCUCCUAUCCUACAAUGGCAGCAGUUACACCACGUACAUGAAGGAAGAGGUGGACAGUUACCGGAUCACUAUCGGCAAUAAGACGUGCGUGUUUGAAAAGGAAAACGACCCCACUGUCCUGAGAUCGCCCUCGGCUGGGAAGCUGAUGCAGUACACGGUGGAGGACGGAGACCAUGUGGAAGCUGGGAGCAGCUACGCCGAGAUGGAGGUGAUGAAAAUGAUCAUGACCCUGAAUGUGCAGGAGAGCGGCCGGGUGAAGUACGUCAAGCGGCCGGGCGUCAUACUGGAGGCUGGCUGCGUGGUGGCGAGGCUAGAACUCGAUGACCCUUCAAAAGUACACGCGGCGCAGCCGUUCACCGGGGAGCUCCCCGUCCAGCAGACUCUGCCCAUCCUCGGGGAGAAGCUGCAUCAGGUGUUCCACAGCGUCUUGGAAAAUCUGACCAAUGUCAUGAGUGGCUACUGCCUGCCCGAGCCCUUCUUCAGCAUGAAGCUGAAGGACUGGGUUCAGAAGCUCAUGAUGACGCUCCGGCAUCCCUCCCUCCCUCUGCUGGAGCUGCAGGAGAUCAUGACCAGCGUGGCGGGUCGCAUCCCUGCCCCCGUGGAGAAGGCAGUCCGCAGGGUGAUGGCCCAGUACGCUAGCAACAUCACCUCGGUGCUCUGCCAGUUUCCCAGCCAGCAGAUAGCCACCAUCCUGGACUGCCACGCGGCCACCCUGCAGCGCAAGGCGGACCGAGAGGUCUUCUUCAUGAACACACAGAGCAUCGUGCAAUUGGUCCAGAGAUACCGCAGCGGGACCCGUGGCUACAUGAAGACUGUGGUGCUGGACCUCCUGAGGAGAUAUCUGAACGUGGAACAUCAUUUCCAGCAAGCCCACUAUGACAAGUGCGUGAUCAACCUGAGGGAGCAGUUCAAGCCGGACAUGACCCAGGUGCUGGACUGCAUCUUCUCACACUCGCAGGUGGCCAAGAAGAACCAGCUGGUGACCAUGCUGAUAGAUGAACUGUGCGGCCCAGACCCUGCCCUGUCUGACGAGCUGACCGCCAUCCUCAACGAGCUCACGCAGCUGAGCAGGAGUGAGCACUGCAAGGUGGCGCUCAGAGCAAGACAGGUCCUCAUCGCCUCUCACCUCCCCUCCUACGAGCUACGGCACAACCAGGUGGAGUCCAUCUUCCUGUCCGCCAUCGACAUGUAUGGCCACCAGUUCUGCCCGGAAAACCUCAAGAAGUUAAUACUUUCGGAAACGACCAUAUUCGACGUCCUGCCCACUUUCUUCUAUCACGCUAACAAGGUCGUCUGUAUGGCAUCCCUGGAGGUUUACGUGCGGAGAGGCUACAUCGCCUACGAGUUAAACAGCCUGCAGCACAGGGAGCUCCCAGAUGGCACAUGCGUGGUGGAGUUCCAGUUCAUGCUGCCGUCCUCCCACCCCAACCGGAUGGCCGUGCCCAUCAGCGUCUCUAACCCUGACCUGCUGAGGCACAGUACGGAACUCUUCAUGGACAGCGGCUUCUCCCCACUGUGCCAGCGGAUGGGGGCCAUGGUGGCCUUCAGGAGAUUUGAGGAAUUCACCAGGAACUUUGACGAAGUCAUCUCCUGUUUUGCCAACGUCCCUACAGACACUCCCCUCUUCAGUAAGGCGUGCACCUCCCUGUAUUCGGAGGACGACGGCAAGAGCCUUCGAGAGGAGCCCAUCCAUAUCUUGAAUGUGGCCAUCCAGUAUGCCGACCACAAGGAGGACGAGGCGCUGGUGCCCGUCUUCCGUGCCUUUGUACAGUCCAAGAAACACAUCCUUGUGGAUUACGGACUUCGAAGAAUCACAUUCCUUAUUGCCCGAGAGAGAGAAUUUCCCAAGUUCUUCACCUUCAGAGCGAGAGAUGAGUUUGCAGAAGACCGGAUUUAUCGCCACUUGGAGCCUGCCCUGGCCUUCCAGCUGGAGCUGAGCCGGAUGCGUAACUUUGACCUGACCGCCGUUCCCUGUGCCAACCACAAGAUGCAUCUUUACCUGGGAGCCGCCAAGGUGAAGGAAGGGCUGGAGGUGACCGACCACAGGUUCUUUAUCCGAGCCAUCAUCCGACACUCAGACCUGAUCACCAAGGAAGCCUCCUUCGAGUACCUGCAGAAUGAAGGGGAACGGCUGCUGCUGGAAGCCAUGGACGAGCUGGAGGUGGCUUUCAACAACACCAGCGUGCGCACCGACUGCAACCACAUCUUCCUCAACUUUGUACCCACCGUCAUCAUGGACCCGCUCAAGAUCGAGGAGUCGGUGCGUGCCAUGGUCAUGCGCUACGGCAGCCGGCUGUGGAAGCUCCGAGUGCUGCAGGCCGAGGUUAAGAUCAACAUCCGUCAGACAACCUCGGACAGCGCCAUCCCCAUCCGCCUCUUCAUCACCAACGAGUCCGGCUACUACCUGGACAUCAGCCUCUACAAAGAAGUGACGGACUCCAGAUCUGGAAACAUCAUGUUUCACUCCUUUGGCAACAAGCAGGGUAGCCUGCACGGGAUGCUGAUCAAUACGCCCUAUGUCACCAAGGACCUGCUCCAGGCCAAGCGAUUCCAGGCGCAGUCCCUGGGGACCACCUAUGUGUACGACUUCCCGGAGAUGUUCAGGCAGGCCCAGCAUCCGACUCCUCGGACACACACAGGCACAUACGUGGGCAUGGUGGCCUUCAAAAUGAGGUUCAAGACCCCGGAGUAUCCAGAAGGCCGGGGCGCCAUUGUCAUCGGCAAUGACAUCACCUUCCAAAUCGGCUCUUUCGGCGUAGGGGAGGACUUCCUGUACCUUCGGGCGUCUGAGAUGGCCCGUACAGAGGGCAUCCCCAAGAUCUACCUGGCAGCUAACAGUGGGGCCCGUAUGGGCCUGGCCGAGGAGAUCAAACAGAUAUUCCAAGUGGCUUGGGUGGACCCAGAGGAUCCCCACAAAGGAUUUAGAUACCUGUACCUGACGCCCCAAGACUACACCCAGAUCAGCUCCCUGAACUCGGUACACUGCAAACACAUCGAGGACGACGGUGAAUCCAGGUAUGUCAUCAUGGAUGUCAUCGGGAAGGACGGCGGCCUGGGUGUGGAGAACCUGCGGGGCUCGGGCAUGAUCGCAGGAGAAGCUUCCCUGGCUUAUGAGAAGACCGUCACCAUCAGCAUGGUGACCUGCCGCGCCCUCGGAAUCGGGGCUUACCUGGUGAGGCUCGGCCAGCGGGUGAUCCAAGUGGAAAACUCCCACAUCAUCCUCACAGGGGCCAGUGCUCUCAACAAGGUCCUGGGACGAGAGGUCUACACGUCCAACAACCAGCUGGGUGGCGUGCAGAUCAUGCACACCAACGGGGUCUCCCACGUCACCGUGCCAGAUGACUUCGAGGGGGUCUGCACCAUUCUGGAAUGGCUGUCGUAUAUGCCGAAGGACAACUGCAGCCCGGUCCCCAUCACCACUCCUUCUGACCCCAUUGACAGGGAAAUUGAAUUCACUCCAACCAAAGCUCCCUAUGACCCCAGGUGGCUGCUUGCAGGGAGGCCUCACCCAACUCUGAAGGGGACCUGGCAGAGUGGGUUCUUCGACCAUGGCAGUUUCAAGGAAAUCAUGGCACCCUGGGCCCAGACCGUGGUGACCGGAAGAGCAAGGCUGGGGGGCAUCCCUGUGGGCGUGAUUGCCGUGGAGACUCGGCCUGUGGAGGUGGCUGUCCCUGCUGACCCUGCAAACUUGGAUUCUGAGGCCAAGAUCAUCCAGCAGGCGGGCCAGGUGUGGUUCCCGGACUCCGCCUACAAGACAGCGCAGGUCAUCAGGGACUUUAACAGGGAGCGCCUGCCUCUCAUGAUCUUUGCCAACUGGAGAGGCUUCUCAGGCGGCAUGAAGGACAUGUACGAACAGAUGCUGAAGUUUGGUGCCUACAUCGUGGAUGGCCUCCGCCUGUUCAAGCAGCCGGUUCUUAUCUACAUCCCUCCCUGUGCUGAGCUCCGAGGGGGCUCCUGGGUCGUCCUCGACUCCACCAUUAACCCCCUGUGCAUAGAGAUGUACGCGGACAAAGAGAGCAGGGGAGGUGUUCUGGAGCCCGAGGGCACGGUGGAGAUUAAGUUUCGGAAGAAAGAUCUGGUGAAGACCAUAAGGAGGAUAGACCCAGUGUGUAAGAAGCUCAUGGGACAGCUGGGGAAAGCCCAGCUCCCUGACAAGGACCGGAAGGAGCUGGAGGGCCAGCUGAAGGCCCGGGAGGACCUGCUGCUCCCCAUCUACCACCAGGUGGCAGUGCAGUUCGCCGACCUGCAUGACACACCGGGCCACAUGCUGGAGAAGGGAAUCAUUUCUGAUGUCCUAGAAUGGAAGACCUCUCGCACCUUCUUAUACUGGAGGCUGCGCCGGCUGCUGCUAGAGGCCCAGGUGAAGCAGGAGAUCCUCCGAGCCAGCCCCGAGCUGAGCCACGAGCACACGCAGUCCAUGCUGCGACGUUGGUUUGUGGAGACGGAGGGCGCUGUCAAGGCCUACCUGUGGGACAGCAACCAGGUGGUGGUCCAGUGGCUGGAACAGCACUGGUCAGCCAGGGACAGCCUGCGCUCCACUAUCCGUGAGAACAUCAGUUAUCUGAAGCGGGACUCUGUCCUCAAGACCAUCCAAAGUCUAGUUCAAGAACACCCAGAGGUGACCAUGGACUGCGUGGCAUACCUGAGCCAGUACCUCACGCCGGCUGAGCGGAUACAGGUGGUUCAGCUGCUGUCUACCACGGAGAGCCCAGCUUCCUCCUGAGCAACUCCAGCCAUCCCCUGGACCCCCGGGACAGUGGGUGUGGCGUGCAGCUGGCCUUCACAAGACGCUGGGGCUUAUUUUGAGAAAAUUCACAAAGCCACCCUGAGUACUCUGAGCUGCCAUUCCUGACCAGCGUCUUCCUGGACAAAAGGCCCCUGUGCCCCUGCUAGGUGGGCACAGCCUCUCCUCACCUGGGGACUUCAGGGUCCGACGCUGCCUCUCUGAGGUGAACUGAACCAAUCGUUGCAGGUUCCUUGGUUUUUUGGCCUGGGAUGAGGGAUCCCAGUGUCUCAGCACUCACUGUCCGAUCACAAGACAGCUUGUACCACCACGUUGGUUUGCACUCAGCCCCCUGUGUCCUUCAGCGGCAUAAACAGGCCAAAGAAAACGCCAGAUGAGACCCAAGAAAACAUCUUUUGGUGAUGAGGCUUAUUAGACACUCAGGUACCCAAGCAGGAACAAAAAUGAUUUCCCCUUUUAAAAAAAUUUUCAUUUAAGAGAAUAAAAUGACAUUUUGUUCUCCAAGUGGCCCUAGUGAGGCAGGACAACCAUCUUAGAGACAGGCUCUUCCAUUAGAGAGAUUCUCCAGAGAUAAAGGACUAAUGGACAGGAUGUUUGCCAUCCGGCAGGGACUGGACCUCACGCCAUGGAUUGGUCACCCAUAUGGUACCGAGUGCCCUCCUGCCUGAGCGCAGAGAGGUUGCCCCUUAUCCCUCCCAGGACCCCUGACCAAUACACUUCCUUCUCACCUUGUGCCUUGAUACCACGGCAGGAGCCAACAACUCUAAGCCAGCGACCCGGGACUGUGCUGCAAACACUCUGGAUCUGCUCACAGAGACUUUCCCAGCACCCACAGGCUCUGUAGCAUCAGGGCCUGAAUGAGACACUCUGUGCCAUGCCAUGGGCUGGGGAAGCCAUUGGGGGUGAAGGGUUCUUCUGGGCAAAGUCCUCCUCAUGUGGAGGAAAGCCCAGACUGCCACUAGCUGCUGCCCUGACCACUUGGGGGCGCUGAAGAGGCUGCCGAGAGAUCCGCAAAAUAAACUAUUUUUUGAAGGAA